AUGGCUGCUACCCAGCCAGCGCUUGCAGUACUGCAAACACUACAGGCUGAACUCUCUCCUGGCGCACCAUUGACAUUCAGUAGCCCUUUCAGGUUCAUGACCCUGGCAUUGACACUUAGGAACGACAUCUUACUCAUCCAAGCUGCAUCACACCCCUCCAAUACUGCUCCCGACUUUAUGUCUCCUGCCAUCAAUUUGUUCUUGGCAGCCUGCUAUGGUCUCAGCGAAAGUGAUGUAGAUGUGCACUGGAAGGUUCUCAAGGAUCUUGUGUGGCAUAGCGAUGGAGACAUAUUUGGUAUCGAGGACAUAGCAUCAAUAGCGCCACAAGCACUUUACCUUCCUCACCAGACGUGCCUGACUGAAGGCUGUCCCGCUCAUGCGAAGGCGUCUGUCCUCAAGAAAGCCGAGCAAAGACAGAUCGUUCUCUAUACAUUGGAUCAUGGCCCGAUUGCUACAUACUCUAUCCACCUCUAUGGCGCAGGGUGCAACACCAAUUACCACCAUGAAUAUAGUGUCAAAGACAAGACUCGUAUGUUCUACCCUGGCAUUCCUGACAUCAUACAAGUCGGCGGACACCAGUUCAUGGAAACUAGGGUUGUGCGUAUGUGGCGCACACUGAUGCUUGUCUUGUGGAUGUCAAUGUCCAAUUGCACACGGCUAUACAAUGUAUCACUGAUGCAGAAUGUGAAACCUCCUCCCGACUUCCCAUGGAACUUUGAACUUAUGGGAGAUCACAUUUGGCACGGUUUUGUGCAGUUCGCUCUUAUGGAAGACUGCGUCGAGCACCACACUAUAUUAUCUGUUCCUCAAGAUGGUGACCAGAGAGCACAUUUUAUGACCGACAACUGA